CGGUGGGCCCGAGAAAUUAAUCGGCGUACUUUCAGGAUGUGAGGCGUACCACGUUACCCGAGUUGGCUUCCGUCCAAAUAUCUCUAUAUCUGGGACAAAAACAACCAUUGUAAUUCAAAUGCCAGCUUUUAUUCGAUACGUCUCUUUUCCAAAGAGUCAUCUAUAAAGAAGUGAAUGGAUCGAAUUCAUUCGCCCUUGUUGUCUUGAAGGUGAUUGUAUGACUUUACACACACCAUUCAAUACUGUAGCACUCAGUCACCGAAAUAGAGAAAGCCAAUAACUCAUUUCUAAAAGAAACACUACCAUAUUAUAAAUAACAAUUAUAGAGUAUUCGUAUCCUAGGGUCUAUGUCAUUGAAAAAGGGGAGGUUUUGAUUUCAGCUGCGUAGAGGAGAAAACAACAACCUUGAUUUCUGACACGUACUAAAACGUGAGCUCAGAGUAAAUAUAGAUCGAGUUCCCAAUGACGUCCCUCUGCGUCGCAAACAUCGUCAAAGUCACUGCGUAGUAGUUUACAGUAAAGUUUAUAGAGGGCUCAUCGGCCUCAGCAGAGAUACAGCGGUGAAUGUAGCAUUAAAGGGUAAUUUUCAAUACGGGCAGACGUCUAUGCCAGAAUUAAAGAAACCGCGCCGCACGAGCGCCAGCUACGUGGACGAGUUCUUCGGGGACGCGUCCCAUGCCAGUCCCGGGGGGCUCGACAUCAACGUGAACGUGAAGGUGGUGCCCAAACAUGAUUACAGAUAUCUGAGAACUGGAAUUCUCUCUCAGAACCGUGCCAGCGCCAACGGGAUGCAUUACCCCCGACAGUUGGCCGCCAGCACGGCGGCGGCGGUGCCACAAAACGCCUUGUUUAACGCACAACAUUCUCCGAGUGAUGUGAUGGAAUGUCGAAGCGACAGCAGCCAGAACGGUAGCAGUAUCAUGGACGAGUUUUUCGGGGUAAAGAAAGAAAGCAGCCCCGAUUUCAGCGAUUUGCAGAAAGCUUCCGAGUCCGACUCUAUGUGGGAGGAUUUGAGUGCCAGUAUGGACAUGUUGGACGGAAGCUUGUUGGAGGAGGUGAAAAUGGACUGUGAAGAUGCUUUUAAAAUCAAACAGGAGCCCGAUGCUCCAUCAAACUGUAUGCAGCAGCAGAACUUCAAUAAGGCAGCAGCGUGUAAAUACAAUGUGAACAUUCCUAUGGACGGCGGCAUGGGGGGAGUCCCGUACGCUGCCGCCAAUGUGAAAUUAGAGGGCAGUACUGACUGCCAGUUUGAAAGGACUAAACUGGAACGCCCCAGUAGUUUACAAAUCCCAGUCCCAAGGCCAGUAAUGUUCAGUAACAACAACAACCCAAAUGGUGUUAACCUUGCACAGUUCCAAGUUCCUUCUCCCAUCAAUACCCCGGUGUCCUCGGCAGCCACUCAGCAGUACUCUAUGGCGAACACGGUCCUGCAAUCUUCACCUUACAUGCAGCAGGCACCACACCAGCAUCAGCAACUGCCCCCAACCCCGCCCAACUCCCAGCCAGGCAGCCCAGAGCAGGAGAUCGUCAGGCGGACCCCGCCCCCGCCCUAUCCCGGGAUGAUGAUCCCCACCCCCGUGCUUGACGGCAUCACAAUGCUGAACUGUCUUCCUACGACAGCCACGGGGAAGAUCCAGAACACCUACCCAGGAUGUACAACUAUUAGAUAUAACAGAAAGAAUAACCCAGAGUUAGAAAAGAGAAGAAUACACUUCUGUGACUAUCCAAAUUGCCGUAAAGCAUAUACGAAGAGCUCCCACUUGAAGGCUCAUCAAAGAAUUCAUACAGGUGAAAAGCCAUAUAAAUGCCACUUCCAGAGUUGUCAGUGGCGCUUCGCUCGUUCUGAUGAGCUUACUCGCCAUAUUAGAAAACACACAGGUGCGAAACCUUUCAAGUGUAAAGUCUGUGAACGUUCCUUUGCCAGAUCAGAUCAUCUGGCUCUGCACAUGAAGCGCCACGAGCCCAAAAGCAAGUGAACCUGUCGCAAGGGUUGAGUUUUGUGUUAACUUGACUUUGGUUGGUAGCGGAUCUUGGCGUGUUUGGCGGUACAGGUCGGGCUGCCCUGGGGUGGUCCAAUGACUGCAGUGCUUUAAUUGGGUGCCAAAGAUUUGGAAUUAGCUACGUCAGAUAGACUUAAUGCCUAGCAACUUCAGGAUUGACAGACUUCUGAAUAUCUUCAUAGCAGCUUAAUUUAGCCAGCACGAGGAGAACUUGUACGACUGCCCUAUCCGCAAUUGAUGGUGAAUCAUGCCAGGGGGCAGCACGUGUCCUGCAGGACAGCUCUUUUUAGAUUUCAUCAUAGAAAAACUGGGUUAGCCACUCAAAAUAUAAUCUUGUCUACGUGAUGUGCAUUGGAAGAAUUUCGCAACUUUGAGUAUAAAUUGUUUGCACAAAGGUUUCGACAUAGUAAACAUGUUUGGGAAGCCGUCACAUGGCAGUGACGGAGCAAACAGAUUAGCUGUGCUAACGGUGAAGUUUAUCUUCAAGCUCCUGUUCAAACUGUACGCUACGACCCAUAGUUUAUCAUGAUCUGAUAAGCCAAUCACACGUUUUGGGUCUUACUCAUUGUUUCCUUACAACGGACGCCUGUACUCAAAUGACAGAUCAAAGUAGUAAGAUAAUCAAAUAGAACUACUUUAGAUAGUUGAAGAGUGGAUUUAUUUAUUUUUCUAUCUACUAAAAUUAAAAUGGCGUUCUGCAGUCCUCAGUAAUUGUGCACCUUGUAUGAUUGGUUGUGUAAAGGAAAAAAUACAAUGACACCUUAAAUGUCUAUAACAUGAAAGUAAGAAAAUGAGUCCCUUAAGGUUGUGAUUUAUUAAUUUGUUUGUGUGUAAUGGUAACCAAAGCAAUAAUGUGGUAUUACACUGAGAAAUGUUUGUUACUUUGUCAGAAGUAUAGCACAGUAACUCUUCAUCUAAGAUCACUUUCUCCCAGCUAUGUAUGAUAUAUGGGUAUAGCAAUGGGUUCACCCAUGGUAAGAUUUUCUAGGGUAUGAUGUCCAACUGGAAAGUGUCAAAGAUGGAGAGGAAUAGAAAUGUUUGACGAGCAAUGUCUGUCUUUAAGAUCAACACAUAGACAAGACAUAGUAAAGGUGCUGAGAGCUCUAACAGUGUAGCUGCUCUCAGAUUAGAGUGCCAAAGUGUUUGAUUGUUACCACAGUUUACAGCUAUGCAGGAUGUGGCUUUGAAAAAUAUUUUGUUUCUUUGGAUUUUUAAAACUUGUUUUAUUAUGUUGUUGGGUAAGGGUGUGGCUUCCCUACCUUCAUUGCUGCCUGGUUGAUGUACAGAUAUCAUUUAGUGACUCUUUGUUUAUUCUUUUACAGUUGUACUUAUUUGUUUUCUCUUCAGCUGUCUUUUUUGUUAUAAAAUGUCAAAACUUAUUGUGUAUAAAAACUUGUUAUAAUCAAAAUGUUUGUGUAUUUGGUAAGAAAGUGAAGUCUUAUUCCACUUGUUGUACAUAAUGAUGUGUAUACAAACUUUUUUAAAACACUGGCCUUGCCAGAGAUACUGUAGCAUUAGAUCUAGUCAAGUAUUAAACUUGAUGAUUUUACAUGAUUUCUAACUUCAAAUACAGUAAUUUUUUAAAUCAAUAAAUCACUUGCAAAUGAAUAGUA